AUGCCUUCUAUGACCAUGGCAGGACUUGCACCACCCCCAAUUGUAUUAUCCUAUGACUGCCCUGUAGACCCUCAACUUUUUUGCCCAUGCUGCAGCUGUGAAUUUCCUGAUGCCAAUGAUGUAAUUCUACAUCUCUCUAGUGACUGCCAAUGUGGAUGCUGGGCAGUAGAAGCUCUUCUGAACCUUGAUGACACAGAUCCACUACAAGGCCAUGACUACAGUGAAGGUGAGGAUGCAGCACAGGAUGAUCAACCACAAGGCAAUGACUAUGACACUUUCAAUAUACCUGACCCAUUCAAGGAUGAGGAAGGCAACAUGCAGACCACAUUUUUUGUGGAGACUGAUAAUACAAAUAUUCCCAACCCUUUCGAGGAUAAUGAAGGCAACAUGCAGACUGUGUUUUUCAUAGAGAAUGGUAAUAUCCCCACUAACUGCUCCAGUUUUGUCUCUUCACCACAUCAAGUCUCUACAAUCAACCAUCACUAG